UCUUCUUCCGCGUCACCUACUCUUUAUGUCUCUCUCAAUUAUUUCUAUAAUUCAGUGCUUUUUUUCUUUCAUCCUACAGUUUUAUUAACUCCCUCCUUAUCAUAUAUUCAUCAUCAUAAUCCACAUAUUUGAGUACAAUCUUCUUCAGCUUCAGAUUUCUUGACCAUCUUCAUAAACUCUCGGUACGGAAAUGGGAGGAGCCGAUAUGGAAAAAUUCAAAUUUUGCAUUGAUAGAGGGGGCACUUUCACUGAUGUUUAUGCUGAAAUCCCAGGAUACCCUGAUGGUAGAGUUCUUAAACUCUUGUCUGUUGAUCCAGCAAACUAUGAGGAUGCUCCAGUUGAAGGCAUUAGGAGGAUUCUUGAAGAAUUUACUGGAGAGGAAAUCCCACGGACUUCAAAGAUACCAACAGGUAAGAUAGACUGGAUAAGAAUGGGUACAACAGUGGCGACCAAUGCACUCUUGGAGAGGAAAGGGGAAAGGAUUGGUCUCUGUGUAACUCGUGGUUUUCGCGAUUUACUUCAGAUUGGUAACCAGGCUCGUCCCAACAUAUUUGACCUCACUGUAUCGAAACCAUCAAACCUUUAUCAGGAGGUUAUUGAAGUUGAUGAGAGAAUUGAACUUGUACAAGGUGAGUAUAAGAACACAGACUCUUCCGCAUCUUUAAUCAAAGGGAUUUCGGGUGAGCUUGUCAAGGUUGUGAAGCCUCUUAAUGAAGAAGCUUUGAAGCUUUCACUCAAAGGUUUGCUAGAUAAGGGAAUUAGCUGUCUCGCUGUUGUACUAAUUCACUCGUACACUUACCCGCAUCAUGAAUUAGCUGUGGAAAAGUUAGCUAUGAGUUUGGGCUUUAGACAUGUUUCCUUAUCUUCGGUUUUGACACCCAUGAUUCAAGCUGUUCCUCGUGGUUUCACAGCUACUGUGGAUGCGUACUUGACCCCUGUUAUGAAAGAAUAUUUAUCAGGCUUCGUAUCCAAAUUUGAUGAAGGGCUGCAAAAAGUGAAUGUUUUGUUUAUGCAAUCUGAUGGAGGACUUGCACCACAAAAUCGAUUUUCAGGGCACAAAGCAGUUUUAUCAGGUCCUGCUGGUGGAGUUGUAGGUUACUCACAGACUCUUUUUGGGAUUGAAACGGAGAAACCCCUUAUUGGGUUUGACAUGGGUGGUACUUCAACAGAUGUGAGUCGUUAUGCUGGAAAUUAUGAACAAGUCUUUGAAAUGCAGAUCGGUUCUGCCAUAAUACAGGCACCUCAGCUUGACAUCAAUACUAUUGCUGCAGGCGGUGGAUCAAAGCUGAAGUUUCAAUUUGGAGCAUUUCGGGUAGGACCAGAAUCUGUUGGGGCACAUCCAGGCCCUGUAUGUUACCGAAAAGGAGGAGAAUUGGCAGUUACUGAUGCGAACUUGAUUCUUGGGUUCGUCAUACCUGACUAUUUUCCAUACAUCUUUGGCCCUAAUGAGGACCAGCCCUUAGAUAUCAAGGCAACAAGAGAUGCAUUUCAACAACUUGCAAUAGAUAUAAAUUCAUAUAGAAAAAGUCAAGAUUCUUCUGCAAAGGACAUGACAGUGGAGGAGAUUGCUCAAGGAUUUGUAAAUGUUGCUAAUGAAACAAUGUGUCGUCCUAUACGGCAGUUAACUGAAAUGAAGGGCCAUGAGACUAGGAACCAUGCUCUUGCAUGCUUCGGAGGAGCAGGGCCUCAACAUGCAUGUGCCAUUGCUAGGUCCUUGGGGAUGACAGAGGUUCUCGUUCACAGGUUUUGUGGGAUUUUAAGUGCUUUUGGGAUGGGAUUGGCAGAUGUUGUGGAAGAGGCACAGAUGCCAUAUUCUGCUGUUUAUUGUCAAGAGUCUGUUGUGGAGGCCUCACGCAGGGAAGCCAUUUUAUUAGAGCAAGUUAAGCUGAAGCUAAAAGAGCAAGGGUUUAGAGAUGAAAGCAUCAAAACAGAGAUAUUUUUGAACUUGAGAUACGAAGGUACAGACACUUCCAUUAUGGUCAAGAAACAAAAAUGUGUAGAUGGAACUGGAAAUGACUUUGAUGUCGAAUUUGUGAAGAUUUUUAAGCAGGAGUAUGGAUUUAAAUUACAGAAAAGGAAUAUUCUAAUCUGUGAUGUUAGAGUUCGUGGCACGGGAAUCACUAAUAUAUUGAAGCCGAAGGCUUUACCACCUGCAUAUGGUGCUCCACAAGUUGAAGGCUCCUACAAAGUUUACUUUGGAAAUCAAUGGCUAGAUACACCACUAUUCAAGCUUGAGAAACUGAGUUAUGGGCAUGUUGUUUCCGGUCCUGCUAUAAUUAUGAAUGGAAAUAGUACUGUCAUAGUAGAACCCAACUGCAAAGCUAUCAUAACCAGGUAUAAAAAUAUCAAAAUUAUGGUAGAGCCUGUUGCAAGCACCAUCAAAGUAUCAAAAAAGAUUGCAGAUGUUGUGCUGCUAUCAAUAUUCAAUCAUAGAUUUAUGGGCAUAGCUGAACAGAUGGGAAGGACACUGCAAAGGACUUCAAUAUCUACAAACAUAAAGGAAAGGCUAGAUUUCUCUUGUGCUCUAUUUGGACCUGAUGGUGGACUAGUUGCAAAUGCUCCUCAUAUUCCAGCACACUUGGGAUCUAUGUCCUGUACAGUUCGUUGGCAGCUAAACUACUGGGGUGAAGAUCUGAAGGAAGGAGAUGUUUUGGUAACAAAUCAUCCUUCUGCUGGUGGCCUUCAUCUCCCUGAUAUAACUGUUGUGACUCCAAUAUUUUAUAAUGGAAAGCUGAUUUUCUUUGUGGCGAGUAGAGGGCAUCAUGCCGAGAUUGGUGGUAUUACUCCAGGAAGCAUGCCCCCUUUUUCCAAGUCAAUAUGGGAGGAAGGGCCUGCCAUUAAGGCGUUUAAGCUUGUAGAAAAUGGGAUUUUUCAAGAAGAAGGUAUUGCCAAACUUCUUCAGUUCCCUAGUUCUGGUGAAUUAGCAAAGCAGAUCCCAGGAACUCGCAGGCUUCAAGAUAAUUUAUCAGACCUUCAAGCUCAAGUAGCUGCCAAUCAAAGGGGAAUUUCACUCAUCAAAGAGCUGAUUCAGCAGUACAGUUUGGACACAGUUCAGGCUUACAUGACAUAUGUACAGUUGAAUGCAGAAGAAGCAGUGAGAGAAAUGUUGAAGUCGGUUGCUGUUAAAGUUGCAUCCCAGUCAACUACUUUUGGAGAUGGAAAUUAUGUGACUAUUGAAGAAGAGGAUUACAUGGAUGAUGGUUCUGUUAUUCAUUUGAAGUUUACAAUUGAUUCUGACAAAGGAGAAGCAAGUUUUGAUUUUAGCGGAACCAGUCCAGAAGUGUAUGGGAAUUGGAAUGCCCCAGAAUCAGUGACAACUGCGGCAGUCAUAUAUUGUCUUCGUUGUAUGGUGGAUGUCGAUAUUCCUCUCAAUCAAGGUUGUUUGGCUCCUGUGAAAAUUCAUAUUUCACCAGGUUCAUUCCUCUCUCCAAGUGAGAAAGCUGCUGUAGUGGGAGGUAAUGUCAUGACCUCUCAGAGAAUAACUGAUGUCAUACUUACUUCAUUUCAGGCGUGUGCUUGUUCACAGGGUUGUAUGAAUAAUCUCACUUUCGGGGAUGAUACCUUUGGUUACUAUGAAACAAUAGGAGGUGGUACUGGAGCUGGGCCAACCUGGGAUGGAACAAGUGGUGUCCAAUCCCAUAUGACCAACACAAGAAUGACUGAUCCUGAAAUUUUUGAGCAGAGAUAUCCUGUUUUGUUGCAUAAAUUUGAGCUCAGAGAGAAUAGUGGGGGGGCUGGAAUUCAUAAAGGGGGUGAUGGGCUAGUAAGAGAGAUAGAAUUUAAGCAGCCUGUUGUUGUUAGCAUUCUUUCAGAGAGGCGUGUUCAUGCGCCCAGAGGGAUGAAUGGGGGAAAACAUGGGGCUCGCGGAGCUAACUUCUUGAUAACAAAAGAUAAGCGAACGGUCUACCUUGGUGGUAAGAACACAGUUGAGGUCCAGACAGGGGAAAUUCUUCAAAUUUUAACUCCUGGUGGUGGAGGAUGGGGUUCUCAUUCUUGAUUGCUCAUGUUGACAGUCUGUUUCAUCAAUGAUGCUGGUCUGUGUUAAUUGAAACAUAUGCUAUUCCCUAUUCUUAUCUGGAUUGUUCUAUUGGUACACGUCUUUCAUCUCUGGGUACCUGGAAUGCAUACAUUAUCAUGAACAUUACAUAUGUGUAGUUGUCAAAACAGGGCUAUUAUUUUAAAACCAUCGUGUAGGCUUUGGUGGUAAAGCAACUGAGAGGGACAGAGAAUGACUUAGAGUCCACUUAGAAAGGUAUCUCUCUCCCUGGACUUACUGGCCUCACUUUCUGCAUAGUUACAUCAUUUUACUACUUGGCACAUUGUAUUUGAUGUCUAUUAGUGUACUAUAUAAAGUGCCUAAACAGUUUAUUUUUGGCAUACUUAUGUUGUACCUUUCUCUGCAUAAUAAUUUUCGGAAUUUUCAGACCA